GCCGAAUGAGCGGAGGCCGGAGGCUGUCCCAAGCACCAAGAAGAAUAGAAGAUCCUCCCGUUUAUGGCUGUGAGAGUGGCCGCGAUGCUCGCUCGUCGUCUUCUACUCCAGCUUCUCCUCCUUGCUGCGGCUUCCGACGCCUACGGCGAUGGCGCCGGCCAGCCGCCGAUCAGCAGGAGAAGCUUCCCUGAGGGGUUCAUCUUCGGGACGGCCUCCUCAGCCUACCAGUACGAGGGCGGUGCAAUGGACGGGGGCGGAGGGCCGAGCAUCUGGGACACCUUCACUCAUCACCACCCAGAUAAAAUUGCUGACAGAAGCAACGGGGACGUGGCAGUAGAUUCCUACCAUCUCUACAAGGAAGAUGUGCGCAUAAUGAAGGAUAUGGGGAUGGAUGCCUACAGGUUUUCCAUCUCCUGGAGUAGAAUUCUUCCAAGGGUGCAACCAUUCGUGACCCUUUUUCACUGGGACUCACCUCAGGCAUUAGAAGAUAAAUACAGGGGAUUCGUUAGUCCUAACAUCAUCAAUGACUACAAGGACUACGCUGAAGUCUGCUUCAAGGAGUUUGGUGACCGAGUGAAACACUGGAUCACGUUCAAUGAGCCCUGGAGCUUCUGCACAAGCGGGUAUGCUUCUGGCAAGUCCGCUCCAGGACGGUGCUCGCCAUGGGAGCAGGGCAAGUGCAGUGCUGGGGAUUCAGGAACGGAGCCUUACACUGUAUGUCAUCAUCAAAUACUCGCCCAUGCAGAAACAGUUCGGUUGUAUAAAGAAAAAUACCAGGUCAGUGAUGAAAUCUCCAAGCAGAUGCAUCAUGACUUUCAGUUCUUCAAUGAAAUCAAUGCCGACUCCAGCUUCUCCAAUGUUGAUACCACUUCAUCACUAACAUGCAUCACAUACUAUACAUGUAAAAUGCCGGCCGUGCAAAAGGGAAAUAUUGGAAUAACAUUAGUUUCGAACUGGUUUGUUCCCUUUUCCCGUUCAAAAUCGAACGAUGAUGCAGCGAGGCGUGCAAUUGACUUCAUGCUUGGAUGGUUCAUGGACCCCCUUACUAGAGGAGAUUACCCGCUAAGCAUGAGGACAUUAGUUGGGAAUCGGUUGCCACAGUUCACAAAGGAACAAUCUGAGCUGGUCAAGGGUGCAUUCGACUUUAUUGGCCUAAACUACUACACCACAAACUAUGCUGACAACCUUCCUCUGCCAAAUGGCCACAAUGUAACUUAUAACACUGACGCCCGUGCUAAUCUUACAGGUAUUCGGAAUGGUGUCCCAAUAGGUCCUCAGGCUGCUUCAGCUUGGCUCUUCGUGUACCCACAAGGCUUCCGUGAGUUGCUGCUUUAUGUUAAGGACAACUAUGGCAAUCCUACCGUCUAUAUCACUGAAAAUGGCGUCGACGAAGCCAACAACCAGAGCCUUUCACUCCAGGAAGCUCUGAAGGAUGACGCCAGGAUAGAGUUCUACCACAAGCACCUCCUUGCGCUGCAGAGCGCCGUAAGCGACGGGGCGAACGUGAAGGGGUACUUCGCGUGGUCGCUUCUGGACAACUUCGAGUGUGUGGACGGCUACACGGUUCGCUUCGGGAUAAACUUCGUCGACUUCAACGACGGGCUGAAGCGUCACCCCAAGAGUUCUGCCCACUGGUUCACGGAGUUUCUGAAGAAGUAAAGCAUACAUGGAAGAGCAGUGAGAGUGUUUAUUUGUAGCAAAUUAUGGGGGGAAAAGGUGUGCUUGUCACGGUGCCAAGAUCAACGCGCGCGUGCACGUUGGUGAGAGUUGAUGAUGCCUUGCGGCAAGUGUUCUUUCACUGCCGCGUCCCCGGGAUGUGUAUUGACUUCAUAAUCGUAGUUCUUGUGAGAAAA